ACUAGUUUGUAGAUUUUCAAUUAUGAAUGUUUGUAUCUGCUUUCUUUCUAAGUUGAAGUAAUAGAAAAUCAACAUUUUGUACCAUUGCUAUACUUCAAACAAAAGGCAUGGUACACCUAGCCACCCACUCAGUCCCACAAGAUAUAAGAUCAUCGAUAGAAGUAUAGAAUAGAAUGGCCACUACCCACUGGCCACUCCUGAAACAAAAUCCUGCAUGCCCAAUUUAAACCCAUAACUAAAGAGGAGAUGAACCACAGCCGAAAUGCUAUACAACCAAGAAAGACACAAUGAAAAUACCACCCAUUAACAUAUCUUAGCAACUAUUCACACAUACCUUAGCCAUGCGCCGUUUAAGAAGUUGCUUUGCAGCCUUCUAAAUAAGAACGAACUUGCCAAUUCAUGAGUAUACCAUGAAGUUACAAAGUGAAGAGGAACCAUGAUAACAAAGUGAAAAAAAAAGUGAAGUUUUUUAAUGUUGUUGAAUUGUUCAGAGAUAUUUCUGUUGGAAGAAGAGUUUAUUCACUUUCAAAUUGACUAAAGGAUAUUUCUCUCUUUUGACUUGAGGAGGAAAAUUGUAGAAUUCCAAAUCAAAAGAUAAGCUGCACACGAACAAGUUGAAACCAGAUCACCCCUGAACUUCAUACACAUAACAAGGAAAUACGUACAUCUCUAACUAAGCUCUCUGCAACAGAGAUCUGAAUUCUGUGCGUGACUAAUCGAAUGAUGAGUACCCAUGUCGUUCGUCAUGUUUCAGAAUGCUUCGUCAAGCCACAUUGUCCCGGCCAAGAGUCAAACCAAAUAUGCAACUUAACACCUUGGGAUAUUGCUAUGCUGUCCGUCCACUACAUCCAGAAGGGUCUGCUUUUCAAGAAGCCUCCAACAACACUUGUUGAUCAACAUGAUUUCAUUGAGAACCUGUUGGAGAAGCUCAAGCACUCUCUUUCUCUCACCCUCUUCCAUUUCUAUCCUUUGGCUGGUCGCCUUGUAACUCAGAAAACCCAAGACCCUCCCUCAUAUGCUGUGCUUGUUGAUUGCAACAACAAUAGUGAUGGAGCUAGAUUCAUCUAUGCAACAUUGGACAUGACCAUAUCUGACAUAAUCUCUCCCAUUGACGUCCCACCCAUUGUUCACUCAUUGUUUGACCACCACAAAGCAGUCAACCAUGAUGGCCACACCAUGCCAUUGUUGUCCAUCCAAGUCACUCAACUAGUGGAUGCUGUUUUUAUAGGUUGUUCCAUGAACCACGUUAUUGGCGAUGGCACUUCUUAUUGGAAUUUCUUUAACACGUGGUCUGAGAUUUUUCAAGCUCAAGCUGAAGGGCAUGAAUAUGAUGUUCCCAUUUCACACAAUCCUAUUCAUAAUCGCUGGUUUCCAGAGCUUUACGGUCCAUUAAUCAAUCUUCCCUUCAAAAACCACGACGAGUUUAUUAGCAGAUUUGAAUCGCCCAAGCUGAGAGAGAGAAUCUUCCACUUUUCAGCAGAGUCUAUUGCGAAGCUGAAAGCAAAGGCGAACAAGGAGUGCAAUACCACCAAAAUCUCUUCGUUCCAGUCAUUAUCAGCACUUGUUUGGAGAUCCAUAACUCGUGCGCGCUCAGUACCACAGGAGCAGAGAACAAGUUGCAAGCUGGCCACAGACAAUCGAUCAAGAAUGGAACCACCUCUGCCUAAGGAAUACUUUGGAAACUCGCUUCAUGCGGUGAGUGGUGAGGCCACGACAAGGGAGUUGCUUGAGAAUGGUUUGGGAUGGGCAGCAUGGAAGUUGCACCUUGCUGUUGCAAACCAUAAUGCCAGUGCUGUUUUGGAUUUUCUCAAAGUGUGGUUAGAAUCUCCUUUCAUAUAUCAAAUUGGUGGUUUUUUUGACCCCUACUGUGUGAUGAUGGGUAGCUCGCCAAGGUUCAACAUGUAUGGGAAUGAGUUUGGAAUGGGGAAAGCAGUGGCAGUUAGAAGUGGUUAUGCCAACAAAUUUGAUGGCAAAGUGACAUCAUACCCUGGCCAUGAAGGAGGGGGAAGCAUUGAUUUGGAAGUCUGUCUUUCACCGGAUACAAUGAGCGCGUUGGAAUCAGACGACGAGUUCAUGAGUGCAGUUUGCUAAUUUGCCCUGUACAUGACACCAUGGCACUGUUAUAAAUGUUGAAACUUCAACUGAAUUAUGAUAGCUUCCAACUUAAAUUUUAAGUAUUUUGUUAUUAUAUAUUAUUGAUUGUCUCGUAAAUAAAUUAAAAGGGUUUAAGAGAAGAA